AUGGAGUCUGUUCACCAUGUCUCGGUCUCCUCGAAGAUCCUCUUCAGCAAGGUGCGCAAGAUUGUGCCGCCAAUGCUUGAGAGGUUCCACAAAGGACAACUCGGUCGCGUAGCUGUUAUCGGAGGAUGUGUUGACUACACCGGAGCUCCAUACUUCUCCGCCAUGGCAUCUGCAAGGCUAGGUUGUGAUAUGAGCCAUGUCGUCUGCGAACGAUCCGCGGCACCGGUCAUUAAAGCAUACUCUCCCAACCUGAUGGUACACCCGAUCCUUCCAAGCAGUGACAGUGUCAAGGAUCCCAACUCAAUUGAUGCAUCGUCACUUGCGGGCCCAAUCAAAGAUAUGAUUCCUCGCGUACAUGUACUUGUCAUUGGACCCGGUCUUGGCCGUGAUGCUGUGACUCUCAAGGUGGUUACAGAAGUUAUCAAAGAGGCCAGGGCGAAAUCUGUUCCAUUCGUGCUGGAUGCGGAUGGACUGCUGAUCGUGACCGAAGACCCAAGCCUGAUCAAAGGCUACAAAGAGUGCAUCCUCACGCCAAACGUGGUCGAGUUCGGCCGCCUUGCCAAAGCGUUGGGUGUCAAAGUCGCCAACCAGGCGGAAAUCGCAAAAGAUGAAGGCGGCGACUCGACCAGCAAAGAAUCAGAGGCCUGUGAGCAGCUAUCUCGAGCCCUUGGCGGCGUGACGAUUCUCCAAAAGGGUCCUCACGAUGUGAUCUCCAACGGGGUCACCAGUAUUAUAGCCGAUACUAAGGGCGGCCUUAAACGCAGCGGUGGUCAAGGAGACACUCUGACCGGAUCAUUGGGCACGCUGCUUGCUUGGCGCGCGGCUUACCACGACAAGCUGUGGGAUUCAGCCGAGAAGGACAGUGAGAAGGAGGCUCAGAGCAAGGACGAGGUUCAGGCAGAACUCGAGUCCGAGAAUAGGCGUAUGUCACCAACGACGACUCUGUUGCUGGCCGCUUGGGCAGGAAGUUGCAUUACACGGGAGUGCUCCCGACGAGCUUUCACGGCCAAGGGGCGGAGCAUGCAGGCCAGUGAUCUGACUGAUGAAGUCCACGAGUCCUUUUUGAAGCUGAUUGGGGAGCCAGAGGGGUCUAAGACUCACCUUUAA